AUGGACAGCUUUUAUACUACUUAGAACUUACUUAACUCUGAGCUCCUUCAAACAGAGUAUAUUUCAAACAAGGGAUAAUAUGAUACAUCUAAAGCAGAGUCAGGAAACAGUUAGAAUUCCUUAGAUUCAUAAUAAAAUUAAAGUGAUAUGCCAUCAUAAAUCAUUCAAUAAGAUUAAUUAAGUUCAUAGUUCAUAGUAAGCUAAGACAUCAAUAUUUCCACAGAAAAUAACUCUAUACAUUAAAGUAAUAACUUCAAUAGCCAUAAUGAAGAAAUAAUUUAGCAUAUAUAGGCAAGCUAAAAUAGCAACGUUGUUUAAAAUCAACAAAUUAGCUCAGAAAUAAGAAAUUUAUAAUAAUAGAUACAUGAAGAACACAACAAUGUUAAUUUAAAUAUCAUGGUUGUUGGAGAAUCAGGAACAGGAAAAACUACUUUCAUUAAUACCUUCCUGCAUUAUGAUAAAAGGUUUAAAUUCUAAAAAAAGGAGGAAUUACUGUUUUCAAAAGUGGUUGAACACACUUAUAUUAAAUAGGAUUAGGAUAUAAGAUAUUAGUUAUAAAUGAUUGACACUCUUGGUUAUGGAGAAAAAUUAUCUUAAGAAAAAUGGUACAAACUAGUUAAAUAAUAAAUAAUCAAUAAAUUUGGCUUGCAUGAAUAAAUGGAGUAAAGCCUUUUUAACUCAGAAGUACAUCAAAAUAAAUUACUUUAUUUGCAAAAGGAGAAGAAAUUUCAAGAUAAAAGAAUUCAUUGUUGCUUAUAUUUUCUGUAACCUCCAAGAAUUAAAGACUCAGAUUUAAUAUACAUCUAAAAGCUAUCUAAAUUAGUAAAUGUGAUUCCAAUCAUAGCAAAGGGAGACACAUUAACAUAAAAUGAAACAAUAGAAUUGAAGAGACAAUUUUUAGAGAUGUGUGAAGAUAAUGGAUUUUAGAUUUACAAUAUUGAAAAAGGAUUAGAUAGAAAUGUUGAAUUUUUAAAUCACAUAUAAAAUAGUCCAAACGGAAAAUGUCCUCCAUUCACAAUAGUUUCCUCUGAUUUUUAACUGGAAGAUACUACUAAUCAUAUUUAUUAUGGGAGAUAGUAUAAUUGGGGAACUGUUGAUAUUUUAAAUCCUAAGCACUGUGAUUUUUAAUUACUCUAUAAUUUACUCCUUUAUCAAAUCAAUUAAGAUUUGUAUAAAUCUGUUGAAGAUUAUUACUAAGGAUACAUUACUAAAUUGGCAAAAAAGUAAGAGUAGGAAUAAAAUAAAGUUAAGCAUGCUCAAUGGCUUCAUUGUGGUAUAUUUAUCGUAGCUAUAGCAGGAGGUUUUAUUUACUCUAAAUUUAAAAGAUCUUGA